ACAUUAUUCAUCAGACCAUUACUUCCUAUGAUUACCGUGCGUCCACCUGAUGCGUAUGUGUGAAACUAAUUGUUGUUAGUGGUUUGGGAUCAAUAGAACGUUCAUGCUCAAUAUAGAUGCCCUGUUGAUAUAUUUGACGACAAUCAGUUUGCUGCAUGGAACGAGUAUGUAUAGAAGACACGUGUGUUCUGUGUGAAAAGUGUGGUCCCAGGAGCGUUGCAGAUUUCGGUUUCAUGACAACGGAAUUGUACAGUGUUCUGAACUAGUGUCAUAUGUCACAUUGAGGCAGUCUAGUUUGAACGAGAAGGCUAACUACUGGACUCAUGGCUAAAUCACAGGCCUGCAGUUGCACCCUCACAUCGAGGCUCACUUCCGGUCCGCCUGUUUCGGAAUGAGGUCAUGUCUGGCGCCCUUUUGGGAUGCGUCCGUUUCGACGCCGGCGGAAAGCCGCAUUCUUUCUGACUCUCGUUGCUUCCGGGUUUUUGGUCUUCCUUCACAACCAGAUGUCGACACUGUCCGGUGACGUCAUGUCAGGAAGUGACGUCAAACACACAGAUGGAAGAAGAGGACAGGUGCUAUCAGGACAUAGAGGACAGACUGUGUUCAAGGAUUUGGUGACUAAGAGCCUACGUACAAACCAACAAAUACCCAAACCCGAAGUCAUUGAAAUCUCCCACAAUGCAUCAAUUCUCAAUUGUAACGAGAGUAGGAAUGCUUCUGAACUAUUCAAGAAAACGCACACCAUGACGAUCCAUGGAGGCGGUCGCCUUGGUAACGCAAUGUUUCAGUAUGCCUCUCUUGUUGGUAUUAGUAGUUUCCAUGGCUACACCGCAACAAUAGCAAGCUCACACUUUUUGAGACGAAUUUUCAAACUCACUGCCCCGGGAACUAAAAACUCAAAGGUACAAACAAAACCGAAGAGGGAGAAAAGCCCUGGGGUGUAUGACAAGAGUGUUCAACAUCUGCCCCACAAUGUCAACUGGUCGUUGGUGGGGUACUAUCAGUCAUGGAAAUACUUCGGGAACAUUUCGGAAACCAUACGGCAAGAAUUCACAUUUCAAGACGAAGUCAUCAAAGACAUGUUGAAGGAAGCGCCAGUUCUUGCCAACUGGACUCGGAUAACAGUCGGCGUCCAUGUACGACGAGGUGACAUGGCGUCGAAAUAUGAACGAGACCGAGGCUACAACGUAGCCGACUUCGGAUUUCUUAACAGGUCAAUGAAUUACUUCCGGAAGAAGUAUGAGGACCCCUUGUUCGUUGUGUGCUCGGACAGUGUGAUGUGGUGCAAAGACAACCUUAUGGCGGACGACACUAUAUUUACGAACGGACGUCGGGAGGUGGAUUUGGCUAUUUUGGCUCACUGUGAUCACAAUAUUGUUACAUCCGGGUCAUUCGGGUGGUGGGGAGCCUGGCUGGCAGGAGGUGAUGUUGUAUAUUUUAAAAACUUCCCGCGAGAAAAGACGUGGCUUGACCGACAGUACAACAAAGAGGACUACUACCCACCAGAAUGGCUGGGCAUGCAGUAAAACAUAUUGCUGCAUUCUGAACCAAAGACGUCUUGAACUGCGCCGUACGUUAAGGCAAAUAUCCUGGGUGCCGUUGUGCAAAGCAACCUACUCGCUAAGACUGUUUAGGCAAGGGAGUUACGAUCACCUAAGAGAUAAAAUCGCUAUGUACAAGAGAGCAGAGAGCACAAAGCGAUCUCGCGAUGUUCGUAAGUUAACGUUAACGUUAACGUUUCUGAUUUACGAGCACGUAGCGCUAAAAUCGCUUUGCAUAACGGCACCCGUGGCCACAAAGCGAUCACGAUGUUCGUAAGUUAACGUAAUGAUUUAUGAUCACCUUAGCACUAAAAUCGCUUUGUAAAACUGGCCCUGGAUUUGAGAUUACACUGUAGAAAAGAAAUAAGUUCCCAGCCAUUAUUUAACUAGUUCUAAUCCUAACGUUUUAAAUUAUAUUUCCUGUUUGAAAUUCUGUUCUGUCUUCAGUUUCGUAUUGUGGUUUUUCUUUUGCAUUUUCACCAUUGUAUGAGAUCGCUCUUACUUGCAGCAAUGCAUGACCUGAUUUUAUAAAUCUUUCAAACAUUUAUGAGCUUAAAAUUCCGGGGUUACCUACACAAAGAGGAAUUACGAUCGCAGUAUAAAUCGAUGCUAUGAACCU